GGGGCGGGUCCUUCGGGCCACGGUACUGGGCGGUGGAGGCUGCAGCUACCUUUGCGGGCUUGCCUCUAGGACGCUUCGCACUGCCGAGGUCGGGGGCGGCGCCCUGCUGCUGCUGGCCUUCGGCGAUUCCACACAGACCACACCGCCCUCCAGAAACCAUGGGUGUUGCUAGACCCAGCUGGGAUUCUGCCAAGCUCUGGUGCUCAGUCUAAGACAAGGGCUGCCUUCCAGCCCUGUUCGCCCAGCCUGUCAUGGCCACACGCCGAUGCCUCCCGCUUGUGUGGGGACACAGGGCACCCAGCCCCAACCCUGAAAGGUUAAGCCAGGCCUUCUGGCUCCAUUCCACAGGGACACUGCAGGCCAGAGGCUCCUUUCAGAGCAAGAGCAACUGAUGCCAUGGGAGAAGCCCCUACCCAACUGUCCACUUGCCUGGCACUGCCUUUUCUGAGACCCACGCCCUGGGUCCUUCUGCAGGUGCCAACCCUGUGAGCUCCCUCCCACCCCCUGACCCGACACUGAGAAGCCUCUCUCCAUUCCCAUCAUGUGUGAGGUGAUGCCCACAAUCAAUGAGGGGGACCCUCUGGGGCCCCCCCACGGUGCCGAUGCUGACGCCAACUUUGAGCAGUUGAUGGUGAACAUGCUGGAUGAGCGAGAGAAGUUGCUGGAGUCCCUUCGGGAGAGUCAGGAAACUUUGGUAGCCACACAGAGCCGGCUCCAGGAUGCCCUUCACGAGCGAGACCAGCUCCAGCGCCACCUGAACUCUGCCCUUCCCCAGGAAUUUGCCACAUUAACUCGGGAGCUAAGCAUGUGUCGGGAGCAGCUUCUGGAGCGGGAGGAAGAGAUAUCUGAGCUGAAAGCAGAACGGAAUAACACUAGGCUGCUUCUGGAACAUCUGGAAUGCCUCGUGUCCCGCCAUGAGCGGUCAUUGCGAAUGACAGUGGUAAAACGCCAGGCCCAGUCACCUUCAGGUGUCUCCAGUGAGGUGGAGGUGCUGAAGGCCCUCAAGUCACUAUUUGAGCACCACAAGGCCCUGGAUGAGAAGGUUCGAGAGCGGCUCCGGGCAGCUCUAGAGCGAGUUACCACCUUGGAGGAGCAGUUGGCAGGAGCUCACCAGCAGGUGUCUGCCCUGCAGCAGGGGGCAGGAAUUCGGGAUGGAGUGGCAGAAGAGGAAGAAACUGUGGAUCUGGGACCAAAACGCCUGUGGAAAGAUGACACUGGCCGUGUGGAAGAACUGCAAGGGCUCUUGGAGAAGCAAAACUAUGAGUUGAGCCAGGCCCGGGAGCGGCUGGUCACCCUGAGUGCAACUGUGACUGAGCUUGAGGAGGACCUGGGCACAGCCCGCCGAGACCUCAUCAAGUCAGAGGAGCUGAGUGGCAAGCAUCAGCGCGACCUCCGAGAGGCUCUGGCUCAGAAGGAGGACAUGGAAGAGCGAAUCACCACCCUGGAGAAGCGCUACUUGGCUGCUCAGCGAGAGGCCACAUCCAUCCAUGACCUCAAUGACAAACUGGAGAAUGAGCUAGCCAACAAGGAGUCCCUGCACCGCCAGUGUGAGGAGAAAGCCCGGCAUCUGCAGGAGCUGUUGGAAGUGGCAGAGCAGAAGCUGCAGCAGACCAUGCGCAAGGCAGAGACCCUGCCAGAGGUGGAGGCCGAGCUGUCUCAGAGAAUUGCAGCUCUCACCAAGGCUGAGGAACGUCAUGGCAACAUUGAGGAACAUCUGCGGCAGCUGGAAGGGCAGCUGGAGGAGAAGAACCAGGAGCUGGCAAGGGUGCGCCAGCGGGAGAAGAUGAACGAGGACCACAACAAGCGGCUGUCAGACACUGUGGACCGGUUGCUUAGUGAGUCCAACGAGCGCCUGCAGCUCCACCUCAAGGAGCGAAUGGCUGCCCUGGAGGAGAAGGGCCGUCUGUCUGAGGAGAUUGAGAAGCUUCGCCAAGAGGUGGACCAGCUGAAGGGUCGAGGGGGGCCGUUUGUGGAUGGCAUCCACUCCAGGUCACACGUGGGCAGUACAGCAGAUGUGCGGUUCUCACUGAGUACAGCCGCGCACGUGCCUCCAGGUCUGCAUCGUCGCUAUACGGCUCUGAGGGAAGAGUCUGCCAAGGACUGGAAGCCGGCACCACUGCCGGGGGUGUUGGCUGCCACCACCACGCCUGCCUUUGACAGUGACCCUGAGAUCUCCGAUGUGGACGAGGAUGAGCCUGGUGGCUUGGUGGGCACUCAGGUUGAUGUCAUCUCACCUGGUGGCCAUUCUGAUGCCCAGACCCUGGCCAUGAUGCUCCAGGAACAACUGGAUGCCAUCAACCAGGAGAUCAGGAUGAUUCAGGAGGAGAAGGAAUCCACUGAGCUGCGUGCUGAAGAGAUUGAGACCCGUGUGACCAGCGGCAGCAUGGAGGCCCUCAACCUGACCCAGCUGCGCAAGCGUGGCUCCAUCCCCACCUCUCUGACCGCCCUGUCCCUGGCCAGUGCAUCUCCACCACUCAGUGGCCGCUCCACACCCAAGCUCACUUCCAGAAGUGCUGCCCAGGACCUGGACCGAAUGGGGGUCAUGACCCUGCCCAGCGACUUAAGAAAGCAUAGGAGGAAGCUGCUGUCGCCAGUGUCUCGGGAAGAGAACCGAGAGGAUAAAGCCACCAUAAAAUGUGAGACUUCUCCUCCUUCCUCACCCAGGACGCUGCGGCUAGAGAAGCUUGGCCACCCUACCCUGAGUCAAGAAGAAGGCAAGAGUGCCUUGGAGGGCCAGGACAGCAACCCCAGCAGCAGCAACAGCAGCCAGGACUCCCUGCACAAGGGCGCCAAGCGCAAGGGCAUCAAGUCGUCCAUUGGCCGCCUGUUUGGGAAGAAGGAGAAGGGCAGGCUGAUCCAGCUGAGUCGGGAUGCCACAGGCCAUGUUCUGCUCACAGACUCCGAGCUCAGUCUGCAGGAACCAAUGGUACCUGCCAAAUUGGGGACCCAGGCAGAGAAGGACCGGCGACUGAAAAAGAAACACCAGCUGCUUGAAGAUGCUCGCAGAAAAGGAAUGCCUUUUGCCCAAUGGGAUGGCCCCACGGUGGUCUCCUGGCUGGAGCUCUGGGUGGGGAUGCCUGCUUGGUAUGUGGCGGCCUGCCGGGCCAAUGUCAAGAGUGGAGCCAUCAUGUCUGCCCUGUCAGACACGGAGAUCCAGCGGGAGAUCGGCAUCAGCAAUGCCCUGCACAGGCUCAAGCUCCGCCUGGCCAUCCAGGAGAUGGUGUCACUGACGAGCCCCUCAGCCCCGCCUACCUCAAGGACAUCUUCAGGGAAUGUCUGGGUGACCCACGAAGAGAUGGAAACUCUGGCAACGUCUACCAAAACAGACAGUGAGGAGGGCAGUUGGGCCCAGACCCUGGCCUACGGAGAUAUGAAUCACGAAUGGAUUGGAAAUGAAUGGCUGCCCAGCCUGGGGCUCCCUCAGUACCGCAGUUACUUCAUGGAGUGCCUAGUGGAUGCACGCAUGCUGGAUCACCUCACCAAGAAGGACCUGCGUGUCCACCUCAAGAUGGUGGACAGUUUCCAUAGAACCAGUCUUCAGUAUGGCAUCAUGUGUCUGAAGAGGCUGAACUAUGACCGGAAGGAGCUGGAGAAGAGGCGGGAAGAGAGCCAGCAUGAGAUCAAGGAUGUGCUGGUCUGGACCAAUGACCAGGUGGUUCACUGGGUCCAGUCCAUAGGGCUAAGGGAUUAUGCCGGAAACCUACAUGAGAGUGGUGUGCAUGGUGCCCUGCUGGCCUUGGAUGAGAACUUCGACCACAACACAUUGGCCUUGGUUCUGCAGAUCCCCACACAGAACACCCAGGCCCGCCAAGUGAUGGAGAGAGAGUUCAAUAACCUGUUGGCCUUGGGCACAGACAGGAAAUUGGAUGACGGGGAAGAGAAGGUGUUCCGUCGAGCACCCUCCUGGAGGAAACGCUUUCGGCCUCGGGAUCACCAUAGCGGUGGCAUGUUGGGCACCUCAGCGGAGACCCUCCCUGCGGGCUUCCGUGUGUCCACCCUGGGUCCGCUGCAGCCUCCACCCGCCCCGCCCAAGAAGAUCAUGCCGGAAGCUCACUCCCACUAUCUCUACGGACACAUGCUCUCCGCCUUCCGGGACUAGCCACGGCCCCCAGGGCGGGUGUCCUGGUUUCACAGGCUCAGCCGGCCCUGAUCCUUCCUGCUCGUUCCCUUUCUCCCUUGGCUCCCAGUCUCUCCUCUGUGACUUUCCAGUUGCCCAGGAACUCAGAAUAUGCUCAUCCAGUCCUUCGGCAUCCCACUACCCGAGUCCUACUUCGUUCCCCCUUUGUAAGUCUCUGGUGGAUGUGGCCAAGGUCUCUGUGAGUGGCGGGCACCCAGGCUGUAGGUGCUUGAGAUCCUGUGGGGGGAGGGAAGGACAGCACCGUGUGUGUGGCCACCUUCCCUCCUCCGGAUCUGUUUUGGUCUGAACUAUGGGCUCAUCAGGCUCAGAAUCCUGGACCAAGGACUGAGAUGACUCUUCCAAUAAAAGGCCAUUACGGACUCUGUCCUGCUUGGACUAAUUGGCCUUCUGGUUCCCUCCACUCUGGCAGUGCCGGACGGUCCGAAUGGUUUUGCCACCCCCUCUCUCAAUAUCACUCCCUCCUCCCCAAACCCCAUCAUCAGUGUCUAUAGCUCUUGCCUCCAAGUCUUGCUUGUGGGGCUAGGAGGGGUGUAGAAUACCCCAGUGCCCCUCUCCAGGACAAAGCCAAGAGGGGAAUUGAGGAAGACUAAGGUAGAAACUCUGUGCCCAAGCCGACACAGAAUCCCAAAUGUGUGGGAGAAACGGACCCCAGAGCUUUGGUGAGGGCAAGGGAAACUCUUCAGCUCCUUGCCUAGGGAGAUAGCUUGGUAGCCUUUUGUACUUUUGCCCAAAGGGCAGUGUGGGUGCCUCCAGCCCCAACCACAGAUGGUGCUGCUACUGGAUUGAGUGAAUCAGACUGUGAACUGUUAACUCUGCCCUGAAGUGGGGGUACAGGGCUGGGGAAGUUUUCCCCUUCAGUGAAUCAUGUCCCAGGUCUAGGAGAUCUAAGGUGGACCGAGGCAGGCUCCCUUGUGUGCCCCCAUGCCCUCAAAUCCACCUUUAGGGUUGGUUCUUUUGGGGCUACGGAGCAAACUACUCAAGAAAUUCUUGAUCCCUUCUCUGUCUCCAUUAUUUUAAUUGCUCUUUCUGGCAGCAUGGUGGGGACAGGGCAGAUUUAUGGGGAAUAUCAAUCACUCUUCUCUUCUGGACCAAUUUCUUAACCUUUGGAAAGCUCAGGACCUAGUAUCAGGGUGGGUGAUAGAAGCUGGUAGUGGAAGAGGACAGGGAAGUGCUUGGGCUGUGUUCGUGGUAGGGCAGUACAGUGCCGUCCUGGAGGUGAUUGGAAUAGCUGGUUUGCCAUUUCAUCACUGGGGUUCUGAACAGGGCCAGGCUGACAGGUGGAGAAACAAGCCAGAGCUCCCUGUCUGAAAAGGACAUAGAGCCUUGCGCUCAGCAGAGGGGAGCUUGGCUAAUGGGGCGACCCAGUGGGCUCCCAUGGGCUGGGGCAGGCAACCACCCAUCCUCAACCCCGUUGUUUCUGCCUUCCUACCAGACAGACCUCUGGGGAUGGAGAGAGAAACAGUUGAGUAGAUCAUGAGCUGAUUAGAGAGAGAGAACCCCUGAUCCUGAAUGCUGGAGUUACUGAGAAGGGCCAGCAUCCUACGAUGGAAAGAACCCAGCAUGGUCACACCGUCUGACUCCUUCUUGGGACUCUACGGGCUAGCUAUGUGGGAGAGUCAGCCCUGCCCCUCCUCUACCACAGAACCCUAUCAUGGUUUACAGUGACAUAGGUAACAGUUGGGGAGCCAGGUGCAUUCAGGGUCAGUAGGCAGGACAAAAUAGGGGACUCUACGUGCAGUGAGGAAAGGCUGCCUUCACGGUGUAGCCUUGCCUCACUGUCAAUAUUUGUUUUCUCCGGAGAGUCACCAGUGACCCAAGCUCUCCUUGCCAGCCUCCUGUGUCAAACCAGGUCCCUUCUCAGUACUGUAAUGGCUCAGUGCUUCAGGAGUGGGUGUGCGAGUGUGUGUGUGAGUGUGUGUGGGUGUGAGUGGGUGUGUACGUACCAAUAAACCUGGUUUUAAGACAAUGUACAAA